AUGGUAACAUUUAAGCAAAACGCCCCGUUUGGCUCGAACGUCAAAAGAUUCGUCCGACCAACGUCACACCCUGGAUUGGACCCGAGCGGUUUCUUCGUAACGCGGUCGGAUGGUUGCGACCCGUGCCGCUACACCCCCAUAUCCAUGCAUAAAGUAUUUGAAGUCAACAAAAAUGUAGUGAAACAACCGUGGAUGUAUAAAGCUGAACUAGAAGCGUGGUCCAAGAACUUGGGAUACAGAAACCAAAGAGUUCUCGAAUACAGACAAUGGCGCAAUACUUUACUCGGGCCCGCUUGGCAUACAGUGCCAGAUCCUACCAGGUACGAGCCAGCAUGCAAAAACGUAGGGUUCGGCAGAACAACUCGAUCAAAACCUACAAGGAACAACAUACCUGGUCCAGGCACUUAUUAUAAGGCGGUACCUUUCAAAGCCCCGUACGGGCCGCACUCGUCGCGCCCAACAUUCGACAGAGAAGAACCAUGUAGAUUCAAAGACACCGCACCGAAGUGGUCGCUCGCACCUGACCGUUAUAAAAUUACUGAUCACGAAGCCAUCGAAAAUAAAUCAAAGAAAGUAGUGUCUUUGCGAGGUCCUUAUGAUUUAUUUACCGGCAAACGAGAUGGGAGCACGAUAAAAAAUCAUUUUAACACAUCGCUUAGGUGCGCAGCAGCGACGUGGCCAAACGCAUUGCCCGGUAGCUUUGAGACGUACAAGAAAUCCCGCUUAGGAGUUAUGAACAAAACUGGCAGGAACCUUCCGUACCGAGGAAGGAACGCCCUCGUGGACCUGGUGAUGUGCCUUCGGAGAGCGGAGGAGCCGGGCCCGGCGCACCUCAACGUGGACAAGCCGAAGGUGUUCAAACAGAAUAAGCGCGGGUUCAACAGCUCGUACGACAAACCGCCCGGAUACCAGCGCGUGGUGGUGUGGCCCGGUGUCGGCCGAUACAGCGUCAAGGACGUGAGCUGCGGCAUCUUAGGACAAGGUCACAGGCACGUGUUUAUUAGUAAGGAAGGUAGAACUAUCGGGGCUGUCAUACCUCAGCCCAUGAACUCAUUUUAACAUUAUAUACUGUACGUAAAUCGUAUUUUAUCCAUUUUUAGAAUUAAUAUACUACCAAGUUAGAGGAAAUUAUAAAAAAAAAAAAUUU